AUGGCUUUACCUCUGCCUGGUUCACCUUCAUCCUCAUGGGCCGUUUUCCGGGAACGCCUGAAGCAUACUUUCAGCGGUGCUGACCCAAGAGUCUGCACGGCGUUCUGGCUCUUUGGCCUGAUCAACAAUGUCCUCUACGUGAUCAUCCUCUCCGCCGCCCUCGACCUUGUUGGCCCCAAUGUUCCCAAAGGAGUCGUUCUUCUCGCCGAUGUCAUUCCUUCGUUCCUGACCAAACUCUGCGCUCCCUAUUUCAUCCAUGCAGUGCCGUACCCUGUCCGAAUCCUGAUCUUUGUCGGCUUGUCUGCGGCAGGGAUGCUAUUGAUAGCACUGACGCCCAGUUACACUGAUGGUGGGACGAUAGCAACCAAGAUGGCUGGUGUAAUCUUGGCAUCUUUGAGCAGCGGCGGCGGGGAGUUGACUUUUGUUGGGCUGGUGCAUUACUAUGGUCCGUUCAGUCUGGCGGCCUGGGGCAGCGGAACCGGAGGUGCAGGGCUGAUAGGAGCUGGAGCAUAUGCGGUGGCAACUACGUCUUUCGGCCUCAGCGUCAAGACCACUUUGUUGGCUUCCGCUUGCUUGCCAGCAAUCAUGCUGGUGAGUUUCUUCGUCGUUCUUCCGCUGCAACCUCUUCGCUUGCACUCCAAAGUACAUCAUGGCGUUCCAGACCUAACAGGGGACAACGAGGAGGAGGAGGAGGAGGAGGAGGAUGAGGCCGAGGCCGAGCAACGAGAGGGGUUGCUCUCCUCCGAGAGACCUCCUAAACCUGCCUUUGCUUCGCGUCGAGAUUCGUCUUCUGCUUGGGCGAGGUUCACCCAUAACCUAGUGCGCGCAAAGGCUCUCUUCUUCCCUUUCAUGCUACCACUUCUUCUGGUAUACGUGGCCGAAUAUACCAUCAACCAAGGAGUGGCGCCAACGCUCUUGUUCCCGCUCCGAAAGACCCCAUUCAAACACUUCCGGGCGUUCUAUCCGAGCUAUAACGCUAUCUACCAAGCUGGAGUGUUCAUCUCACGAUCUUCAACACCGUUCGUACGGAUUCACAACCUCUAUCUGCCGUCAUUCUUGCAGGUUGCGAACCUGUGCAUCUUGGCUUCGCACGCCAUCUUCAAUUUCAUCCCAAAUGUCUACGUUGUUUUCGCUAUAAUAUUCUGGGAGGGCCUGCUGGGUGGACUUGUCUACGUCAAUACUUUCGCCGAGAUCCGUGACACCGUUGCAAGGGAGGAUCGGGAGUUUUCGUUGUCGGCGACCACCGUGAGCGAUUCAGGGGGGAUAUGCAUUGCCGGGUUCAUUAGCAUGGUCUUUGAGGUGUGGUUGUGCAAUUGGCAGGUUCGGCAUGGUAGGGAUUACUGCAAGAAAUUAUGA